GCAUUUCUGCAACUUCUGCACAUUUAGGGGGUUAGAUCUCACUUUUCUAAAAAUCAAGGGCUUUAUGUGAAACAUUUACCCGUCAAAACACACACUCUUCUAACAAGGUAAGAGAAAAAGAAAAAAAGAAGGCAAGAGAUCACCGAUCUGGAACUCAGAACACACUCUCUCUCACACACACAGAGACAGUGACUGAACAACCCAAUAGCCAUAGUCGUUUACCGGAGCCUAAUAUUCUAGAACAUUCUCAGUUACUCCGUUAAAGUUAACUACUCGCCGGCGACCGGGGAAUCAAACUGGCGUUCAGCCCGAAGCGAGCAAUGGCGGAGCUACGCCACUCAAGCUCGAUCGGAAACCGAGUAACGGCGUCACCUAGGAAGCGAGACGACGUCGUUGCUUCUUCAUCUCCUUUGGUUCCUGACAACAACAGUGCUCCUAACGUUGACGAUGACGAUGACGAUUACCGUGGCCGUUAUUAUCCUCGAGAUCGGUUCCGUUCACUCUUCUCUUCACAUCUUCAACCUCUUUUCCCUUUCUUCUUCCCUGAUGACUCGAGGUCUCAUCCGCACAAUUCAAAGAUCUCGCUUUUUCUGCUCGUCGUUAUCAUACUUUCGCUCCUCGUCGCCAUUUCCUCUGUCGUUCAUCGAUUGAAUGCCCCAUAUUUGUGCAAGAAGGAUGGUAUAACUCUUCAGUGUCCACGGGUGAAAGAGUCUCCUUCCUUGUGGGAGAAUCCUUAUUCAUCAACAACCUCAUGGAAGCCUUGUGCGGAGCGACGUGAGGGACUGAUAUCGGAUAUUCCAUCUGAGAACUCAACAAAUGGUUAUAUAUUCAUACACGCUGAGGGUGGUCUAAAUCAGCAAAGGAUCGCUAUAUGCAAUGCUGUUGCAGUGGCCAAAAUUAUGAAUGCUACCCUUAUUUUGCCAGUAUUAAAGCAAGAUCAGAUAUGGAAAGACCAAACGAAAUUUGAGGACAUAUUUGAUGUGGAUCAUUUUAUUAACUAUCUGAAGGAUGAUGUGCGGAUUGUUCGAGAUAUCCCAGAGUGGUUUACUGACAAAUCAGAGCUGUUCACUAGCAUAAGGCGUACAGUCAAGAACAUUCCCAAGUACGCUUCAGCAGACUUCUACAUUGAUAAUGUUUUGCCACGCAUCAAGGAGAAGACGAUAAUGUCUUUAAAGCCUUUUGUCGAUCGACUUGGGUAUGACAAUGUUCCUCCAGAGAUAAACAGGCUGAGGUGCAGGGUCAACUAUCAUGCUCUGAAGUUCCUUCCCGAGAUUGAGCAGAUGGCUGAUCAACUUGUUUCAAGGAUGAGAAACCGCACUGGUAGUUCAAAUCCUUUCAUGGCUCUUCACCUGAGAUUUGAGAAGGGAAUGGUGGGUCUAUCAUUCUGUGAUUUUGUUGGAACUAGGUCAGAGAAAGCUCUCAUGGCUGCAUACAGAAAGAAAGAAUGGCCUCGCCGGUUUAAGGAUGGUGCUCAUUUGUGGGCAUUGGCCCUGCAAAAGCGCAAGGAAGGACGAUGCCCUCUUGAGCCUGGUGAAGUAGCUGUGCUGCUUCGGGCCAUGGGUUAUCCUAAAGAAACUCAAAUAUAUGUUGCUUCUGGACAGGUCUAUGGUGGACAGAACCGCAUGGCACCACUGAGGAACAUGUUCCCAAAUCUUGUUACAAAAGAGGAACUAGCUACAAAACCAGAAUUGGAUGGUUUCAGGAAGCAUGUGACAAGCUUAGCAGCCCUUGACUUCCUAGUCUGCUUGAAGUCUGAUGUAUUUGUGAUGACACACGGAGGAAACUUUGCCAAACUGAUCAUAGGAUAUCGUAGGUACAUGGGUCAUCGUCAGAAAUCCAUUAAACCGGACAAGGGUCUGAUGUCCAAAUCCCUAGGGGAUCCAUAUAUGGGAUGGGCUAGCUUUGUGGAAGAUGUUGUCGUAACCCACCAGACCAGAACUGGUUUACCUGAAGAAACGUUUCCAAAUUAUGAUCUUUGGGAGAAUCCUCUGAGCAAUUGCAUGUGUAGAGCCUGAAGGAACAACCUUUAUUGUGAAGAAAAGCCCCAAAGUAGUGCAUCCUUCUAGAGCUGGUGCACAAGGAAUUGCGAAAUUUUCGCCAUUAACACAGCCAGAAUUACAAGGCAAUUUGCACAUGGGAUCACAUAAUGGAUGGAAUGUAGCCUCUGGGUGGAUAAGAGUAUUAACACAAAGAGUUGCAGAAACUGCCUUUAGGAGUGGUCUAGCUGCCCUGCAUUGACCACCUGUGUUAUGAUCUUUCUUUAGGCGCAGACCACUGCAGUUUUGUAUUCUGGAAUAUUAAUUUAUUCUCAAUUGUUUCACGAUAUAAUGUAUAUUAUUGCAGUAAUAGAAAAGCGUCUUUCAUUUCGCUUGAACACAA